AUGACGCGGCACUUGUCUGCCCGGAAUGUCACCAAUGCCGCCAUUGCGUGGGCGGCCAGCCCGGUGGGCCUCCUGGUCCGCAUGGAGGUGCUGGUCACAGUCAGCUGUGCCCUUCUUGCGACGCUUGUCUUCCUCGGCUCCGGCCGCCGCACCAGCCGCAGCGCCGCCUUCCGCUUCGUUGUCUGGCUGGCGCUGAUGCUGUGCUACCCGGCGGUCUCCUACACCAUCGGGCUGAUGCAGUCGGGCUCCUUCCGGAACGACCUGGUCGUCGUGUGGGCCUGCUUCCUGCUCGGCUGCGCCGACGGCAUCUUCGCGUGCAGCGUCGACGACUCCGACCAACAGGCCCGCACCAUGCUCAACCAGGCCACGCAAGCCAUCUACGUUCUGCUCCUCCUCCUUUCGUACAUCAGCUCCCUGGAGCUGCAGCUGCUGCUCCUCCUGCUGCUGCUCUGGGUUCUGAACGUCGCCAAGCUCGGGAUGCGCCUGUGGGACCGGCUCUCAGCUGGCCGGGAGCGCGUCCUCACCGCCAGCAACUGGCUCAUCUCCAAGCACAUGGGGCACGAGCACGUGAGAAGCAUCUGGGAUUUCGAUCCUGCCACCAUGAAGGGAUACAAGUACGUGGUGCUCGGCGAGAAGGACGUAAAGGACGGCUGCGCAGAGUACACGCUGGAGGAUGUCACCGCCGACGACAUCAUCACGGUGGACAGAGUCUGGCAGCACGAGGCGGGGAAUGGGAGCCUGCUAGGCAAGGACAGCACUGUCUCACGCAGGCUCAAGGAUAGGUGCCUUUCCUUUGCACUGUUCAAGCUGCUCCUGCGACGCCUCAGCCGGAACCCACUCCAGGAGUGUGAUGACAUCCGGACGCUGGUCUUCGUCCGAAGGGGCCUCGCCGGCGGGGACUCAAGCGAAGAUUACGGGAGGAUGUACCGGGUGAUCGAAGUGGAGCUGGGCUUUCUCUUCGACUUCUUCUACGCACGGUACCCGGCGCCGAAGCAGUCUCUGAUCCCAGAAACAGUCACCUUUGUGGCAGGCGUGGCGCUGGGCCUGUCCACUCUCCUGUCCCCGGCGUUGCUGCGCUACCGUAGCCCCCAGGCGGGCAACAGGAGCAGGAGCUUGGUCACAACAGGCGUCGACAUCUGGCUGACAAGAUUUGUGAUAGCCCUGUUCGUGGUCCUGCAGCUAUUUCAGUACCUGUCACUUAUUUUGUCUGACUGGCACAAAGUGAAGAUGCUGUGCCGAUACCUACGCAAACCUUCGUGGCAGGGGCACCCCAUCAUGGAGAAGCUUCUGUGGCUGAUGUUCCGUGCGACGCUGACAACAAGUUACUGGAGCAACUCCAUGGGGCAGUACUCCCUCUUACAUGCCUGUCUUCAGAACGAGCGCUUCUGCCUCGCGCACAUGCCGCUGCACAAGUGGAUCAGGGGCUCCCUGAAUCAAACAAGGACGGUAAGUCGCCGGAACCUGCCUGUCACGGUGAAGCGCGCCAUCCACCUGUUGCUCCGGUCGGAGUGGCUGGCCAAUCUCAAGUACGGCGACCGCACGCUGCAGAGGAACAACAUGCUACAGGACCUGGAUUGGUCGACCUCAAGGUACAAGCACGGCGCCGUGGGAAGCAUCCUUGUCUGGCACAUCGCAACCACAAUUUGCAGCGCCAAGAAUUCGAAGCUGUCCCAGCAGCCGGCCACUGUUAGCGGCCAGUCACGGCGGCGCCCAGCUACAGACAGUAGUAACGACAGCCGCACCAUCGCCGACAACCGCGAGGUGGCCACCAAGCUCUCCAACUACUGCGCCUACCUGCUGUUCCAAGCGCCGGAGCUGGUGACGGACCAGAUAUAUGAUGUACGGCUGUUGAUGGAAGCCCUGCAGCUAAGAGUGCAGAGAUUCCUCAAACUCAAUGGCUGCCGUUCCAAGGAUGACAUGUUCAACAAGUUGUCCAGUUCCGAAUCCCUCGAACUGGAGCAGGAGGGUAGUGGGUAUGAAAAGGCUAUCCUGGUCGAUGGCGUAAAGCUUGGCGAUCAACUAUCAAACGAGGUCGCCGACGAGGUGGCGCGGUGGAAAUUGCUAUCCGAGAUGUGGGUAGAGUUGCUGCUGAGUGUUGCUCCCUCGGAUAACGUGACGGCGCACGUCAAGAAGCUCGCCACCGGCGGCGAACUUAUCACACACCUCUGGGCUUUGUCGACACACGGGGGGAUGAUCGAGAAGCCAACAAAACCCUACUAUGGCUCAUGA